AGUAAUGCGCUUGCGCGGGCCGAUUGAGUAACUGAGAAGGUGCACUAGUCUAACAACCACACAGGCAACAGCUAGGAACUACUGUAGAUUUAUCAAGAGCCAUUAACAGGACGCUGAACAGGUAUAGGGGCAAUGUGGGCGGUGUUGAGUGUGGUCCUGUGGGUGGCCUCGCCUGCUCUCCCGGCUGUGGUACCUGUGAAGAACAGCGAGUCGGAGUUUGAAUGGAAGCACCACAACAACCAGGAGUUAGAGGAGGUACUUCGGAGUGUGGCCGAGCGCUGCAAGGACGUGGCCCGUCUUUAUGCCCUCAGCGUGCCCUCGGUCAGGAACGUUCCUCUCUGGGUCCUGGAACUCUCAGAUGAUCCUGGACAACAUGAGUUAUUGGAGCCGGAGUUUAAAUAUGUGGCCAACAUGCACGGUAAUGAGGUGUUGGGCAGAGAGCUGGUGCUGGGCCUGGCAGACCACCUGUGUAACGAGUGGCGUGCUGGAAACACUGACGUUCGCAACCUCCUCUCCAACACCAGAAUUCACCUCUUCCCCUCCAUGAACCCCGACGGAUGGCAGCUUUCUACGGAAACUGGCCACAGGGACUACCUCAAGGGUCGUGCCAACAAUAACAGCGUAGACUUGAACCGGGACUUCCCAGACCUGGACCGCAUCAUGUACAGCAAUGAGGACCAACAUGUACAGCACAACAACCACCUCAUGGACCAUCUUCUGGGCCUCGACCACCAGCCUCAGCCAGAGACAUGGGCAGCCAUGAAAUGGAUCAUGAGUACACCUUUCGUGCUGUCAGCCAACCUGCACGGCGGAGACCUGGUAGCUAACUAUCCUUAUGAUGCCUCACGCUCUGGGGCUGUUCAGGAGUAUGCUCACACCCCUGAUGAUGACACAUUCAAGCAUCUGGCUAGGGUGUACGCCAACCACCACCCAUCUAUGUCAGACCCUCACCGAAAGCCCUGCAGUCCUGGCGAUUACUCAUUUGGCCCUUAUGGGGGUGUGACUAAUGGCGCCGCAUGGUACAGCAUCCGUGGAGGUAUGCAGGACUUCAACUACCUCUCGUCUAAUGACAUGGAGGUAACACUGGAACUGGGGUGUGACAAAUACCCCGCAGCCUCCACCCUCAAACAGGAAUGGCUCGACAAUAAGGAUGCUCUCAUGGAGUACAUAUGGCAAACACACUUGGGCGUGAAGGGCAUUGUCAAGGAUUCCCUGACAGGACUGGGCAUCCCCGGUGCUCUGAUCCACGUGAAAAACGUCACUCGCAUCAACGACACCCACGUUAGGGAUGAAUUCAUCAACCAUGACAUGACUUCAGUGCACGGUGGAGACUAUUGGCGUCUGUUGGUGCCAGGGGACUACGAGUUGACUGCUACUGCCGAGGGCUACAUGCCACUGACACACACCAUCACCGUGACCAACCCAUACCACAAAGAGGCCAUGCGGAGGGACUUUGACUUAACUCCCGUCCAACUGCACAAGGCUGAAGAUGGGGGUGGUGAGGUGUAUGACACAUAUCCCCAGGGCGAGGAUCCUACCAUGGACGAGGUGCCUCUGGAUGAAAACUAUACGAGUGACAUCGGAGGACUUCCCCGCGGACCUCCCUACUUGUACUAAACUCUGCCAACCACACCACCUCGGAGCCAACUCAACUCAGUCCUGUUUAUUUUUCCCUGCUGAUGACCUGCAUACGUACCUGCUACCAUAGAAUAUCUGCCGGUGGUCACAUCAACUAUACUAGACAGGUGUAUCCUCAAAUUGUGUUCAGUAGCCUCGUAACUUUUUAUUUACUGCAGUAGACAAUUGAAAAGCAGUUUUAUCAGUAUAUGUAAUUUGCAGAUUUUAGGUAGAAUUUAAUUUGGAACAUGACUUCACAACUUCAAUAGCAAUUUUGUUCACAGUAGUCUUUUGGUUUAUAAACUAUUCCCGAAUCCUGU